CCCACGGCGGCAGGCAGCUGGGGGUGGGGGGGCGGCCCUGGAGUAGGGGCUGUGGCGGUGCGCGGGGACCCGGUGCGGUGGCUGCGGUGGCUGCAGGGCUGACGAGAAACUACUAAAGUUCCUGUGGAAGUAAAGUAGAAUUUCAUAAGAACAUAAUGGAUGGAGAAGAGAAAACCUAUGGUGGCUGUGAAGGCCCUGAUGCCAUGUAUGUCAAAUUGAUAUCUUCGGAUGGUCAUGAAUUUAUUGUAAAAAGAGAACAUGCGCUAACAUCUGGAACAAUAAAAGCCAUGUUGAGUGGCCCAGGUCAGUUUGCUGAGAACGAAACUAAUGAAGUCAAUUUUAGAGAGAUUCCUUCACAUGUGCUAUCAAAAGUAUGCAUGUAUUUUACCUACAAGGUUCGCUACACUAACAGCUCCACAGAGAUUCCUGAAUUCCCAAUUGCACCUGAAAUUGCACUGGAACUGCUGAUGGCUGCGAACUUCCUAGAUUGUUAAAUAAAAUAAAUUAUAAUAAACUGUUAACUUUUUUCAGUAUUUA